AUGGAAUGGAACAAACCUUUAACCCAAAAACAAUUAGAGGACCUAAUCGAUGAUGAAUCGUUUAUCGAUUUCGAAAAAGAUUCACAAGAUAGCAUUGAUACAUCUACUGAAGAUAAAGAAAAUUGUUCAGAUGAGCAUUUGAAUCCAGAAACACUGUAUGAUGUUGAUAAGAAUUGCAGUGAUGAUCAACUAUUAGCUGCUGCUAAAGCAACUGAAGACCUUCUGCUUCAUAUGGACAGUAAUGAUGUUACUGAUGUUACUAGAAGUAUUGAAGACUCUGCUGAAAUAAGAUCACCACGAAUUCAAGCUCAUGAAAAAAAAUCUGAUCAUGAUGAGCACGACUACAAUAUGGAAGAACCUAUGGAUUCUAGUCAGAGAAAUAAUAUAACUGAAGCAGCAAACAAUGGAGAAAAUGAAGAAGAGAGACAUUCAGGAGGAACAGCAACAAGUUCAAACAAUGGAGACAAUGAAGAAGAGGAAAACUUUUCAGAAGAAACAGCAACAGAUUCAAGUAAUGAAGAAAAUGAAGAGGAGAUAAAUCAAUCCGAAGAGACAGCGACUGGUUCGACCACGCCAAGUGAAAAAAAAAUGUUGCAGUCUAAGUGUGCUCGAGAAAAAUAUAGAUAUUACAGAGAAAAGGGAAAGAAGUACAAAGGUUACAAAAAAGAUAAUGGAAAAUUCUCUGCGACAAUUGAUCGACCAAGGAGAGUGAUGCUUCCAAAAUGCAGUUCCAAACUGUGCAUGAUAGCAAAAAAUCGCCAUUGCUCUGAAUUCAGUGAAAUAAUAAGACAAACAAUAUUCGAUAAGUUCUGGACCUUGACAUGGGACAUGAAGAAAACUUAUGUUUCUACACUUAUUGACGUUAAGGAAACUAAACGUCCUAUCACCGAAAAUUCUAGAAGAGCGCAUUCCUUUGAGUAUCAUUUGAAAUAUCGUACAAAAAUCUUACAAGUUUGUAGGAAGACUUUUUUAAACACUUUGGGUUUAAAAGAGAGCAUGGUACAUAAGUGGUGUAUCAAAGCUGAGUCGGGCAUGCAUAUCGGGAAGGAUGACAUAAAUCUACCCCUGAGAAGAAGAAUAACGGAGGGCAAAGCAUCAUCCCUGAAAGCAAUGACAGAUUUUCUGAAAUCUAUACCUAAAAUGGAGUCGCACUACUGUCGCUCAAGUACUUCUAAACUUUAUGUUGAACCCAUUUAUCAGAGUAAAAUGGAUCUUUACCGUGCUUAUAAAAUAUAUUGUCAAGAUAUGGUAGUAGAGCCAGUGAAACCUUCAAGAUUCAAGAAGGAAAUGGAUAAUCUGAAUAUCGCGAUUCAUUCUCCAAAAAAAGACCAAUGUGACUUGUGUGUUGGUUAUCAAACAAAAAAUAUAGAUGAGGAAGUGUAUCAGUCUCACAUCAGACGAAAAAAUGAAGCCAGGGAUGCAAAAAGUGAAGACAAGGCGUUGGCUCAAGGAAAUCCAGAAGAGAUAGCGGUAAUGACAAUGGAUGUUCAAGCGGUCAAAUUGGCACCACUAUUACAAGCUUCAGCAAUUUAUUUCAAGACCAAACUAUGUGUCCAUAAUUUUACAAUGUAUGACUUGGUUACUAAAGAUUGUCAUUGCUACUUAUGGCAUGAAGCCGAGGGAGGGUUAGAAGCAAACAUUUUUUGUUCUAUUAUCUAUAAACACCUCCUGAAUUACUUGGAUCAUAAUCCAAGAACGAAGAGGAUAAUUUUAUAUAGCGAUGGCUGCGGCUAUCAAAAUCGGAAUAAUUGCUUGGCCAAUACUAUUCUGCAUAUUGCCGAUACUAGGAAAAUUGUUAUCGAACAAAAAUUUCUCGAGAAGGGACAUACGCAGAUGGAGGUCGAUGGGGCUCAUAGUCUGAUAGAAAGAAAACUCAAAAAUCAAGUUAUAAAUCUGCCUUCUGACUAUAUUAGGUUUUGUGAAUCAGCUCGACAGACUAAACCUUUUAAGGUCCAUUACUUGAGUAAUGAAUACUUCUUGAACUUCUCAGCCAUAACAUAUUACAAUACCAUUCGACCUGGAAUAAGGAGAUUAGAUCCAGUGAUAGCUGAUAUCCGUUGCCUCAAAUAUGAGAACACGGACAUAAGUUUCAAACUUAAUCAUACAGAUGAAUAUAAGUUAUUACGAAACAAAUCUAAAAUAAAUACGAAGGAAAUCACAAAAUUGUACAAGGGAAAUCUGAAAAUCAAGAAAGAGAAGUGGAAUCAUCUGCAGGCUCUCAAGUCUGUUUUACCAAAAGACACGCACUCAUUCUAUGAUUCACUGCAAUAUCAGAAUUAAUUAUUAUGAUCUAUCAUUUUUUAUCUAUUAUGAAGGGUUAUUAUUAUUUUCAUAACAUUUGAGUACCAAUUCAUUGUUGAAUUAAUAAUGUACUCACUAAAGUUUUAUUUGGUCAUUUCGUGUUUUAUUGAUAGUUCUUGAUAACCAGAAGCCUUUCAAUAGUAGUAUUUUGACUCCCUCCUACCUAUAUCAUUUAUUUAUUUCAAAAUAUCAACAUACGAAAAUUCAUUUCGUGAGUGAUCUGAUGAAAAAUAAGGAUUAGAACCACUUCUUGUAUAUCUAUGUAUGUAUUGCAAAACCACGUAUCUGUAAAAAAUCUUGAAGCAAAAUCAAGUAUCUGACAUAUACAAAAAAAAAUCAAAAUUUUUCCCUGAAUAUCGAUGUAAAUCGAGUAUUUGAUUUUUUUACAAUUCAUAUUCGGAAUACUGGAAUGUCACCACGUUUUUUCCACAUUAUAUACAGUUUUAUUGCUCUCCUGUAAAAUUUGCUUUUAGUCAGAUACGUGCUUUUGCCAAAUCACCAAAUACAUAAUGAAAUAGUAGGCAAAAUUAAACAAAACGAUUCACUUUUCGAAGGAAACCCAACAAUAAAUGCUAAUAAGUAUAAUGAAUUUCUAUUGAAGGUC